CCAGGGGGACGGGGAUGCGCUACCGUCGCAAAGACAUAAUGGAUAUUAAUAUGAAUCUAGGGCCAAAGGCUUUAUCGAAACUCUUUAUUUGGAAACAUCUAUAAUGUUCGGUUAUAUUCAACUGCGCAGUGUACCGUACAUUUCAAAUAAACAGAAAUAAAAUCAUGAAGAGGACGGGAUUUGGAGGUUGGAAAUGGCACUUACUCUGGCUCAUGCGCUUCUUCCUUUUGUGGAAUAACACAGAAGCGCAGACACGGUAUACAAUUCCAGAGGAGCUUAAUGUGGGUUCUGUUGUUGGAAAUAUCGUUAAAGAUUUGGGCUUGAAAAUGUCAGAGAUUUAUGAUCGUAAAUUGCGAAUAGUCUCCGAAGCAGGUAAGCAGUAUUUCAGUGUGGAUUUGAGAAAGGGCGAAAUGGUGGUAAACGACAGAAUCGACAGGGAGAAGCUUUGUGGACAAAAUACAAAUUGUUUGCUGCAACUAGAAGUUGUAAUCGAGAACCCUCUUCAGCUUUAUAGAGUGGAUGUAGAAAUUCAGGAUAUCAAUGACAAUUUCCCACAUUUUCAGUCAAAGGAUCGCGUUUUGAAAAUAGCAGAGUCUACUGUUCCCGGUGUCCGUUUCCCUUUAGAGAGCGCACAAGACCCCGACGUUGGCAGUAACUCAUUAAAAUCAUACUCAUUAAGUAGCGACGAAUGUUUCAGUUUGAAAAUAAAGGAUCUUGGAGACGGUAGAAAAAUACCAGAACUUGUUCUAGAGAAAGCCCUUGACCGCGAGAAGAAGGCUGUGCACCGUCUAUUAUUGACUGCCCUGGACGGUGGAAAUCCAGUUCGGUCUGGAACUUCACAGAUAAACAUUACGGUGCUCGACAACAAUGAUAAUAAUCCAGUAUUUAAAAAAUCAGUAUACAAGGUUGCUGUUCCAGAGAAUACUCCAAAGGGUACGUCUUUUCUCAAGGUUGAUGCAAUGGAUUUGGACGAGGGCCUAAAUGGCGAAAUACAGUAUUCCUUUGGGGAACAUACCCCUAAUGCUGUUCGUACAUUGUUUCACAUUGAUCCAGACUCCGGAGAAAUUACUCUAGUUGGGGAGCUGGAUUAUGAAAAUAUCCCCAGUUACAAUAUAGAGAUCAGUGCGAAGGACAAGGGUGUGCCUGAGAUGGAGGGCCACUGCACAGUUCAAAUAGAAGUAUCUGAUGUGAAUGACAAUCCUCCUCAAAUAGUAUUGACUUCUCAGCCAAAUCCUGUACGUGAGGACGCACCAAGUGGCACCGUGGUAGCUUUGAUUAGCGCACGAGACAUUGAUUCCGGUGCCAACGGACAGAUCGUGUUGCAAAUUCAUCCGGAAUAUCCUUUCAUACUGAAGCCGUCUUUUUCUAAUAGCUAUUCUUUGGUAACCAAUGGGGUUUUAGACCGGGAAGUGUUCCCUGAGUAUAACAUAGAAGUCAUUGCAUUUGACUCUGGUUCCCCUCCUCUGAGCAGCAAAACUAUUGUACCUGUUCGUAUUCUUGAUGUUAAUGAUAACCCACCAGUGUUUUCUGAUACUUCCUAUAAUGUAUACUUAACAGAAAAUAACAUCCCAGGUACUCUAAUAUGCUCGGUUUCAGCCUCAGACUUGGAUUUCGGACAAAAUGCCAAAAUAACCUACUCUAUCCUGGACUCUAAGAUUCAGGGCGCUUCCAUAUCGUCUUACGUUUAUAUUAACUCAGAGAACGGAAGUAUUUUCAGUAUGCAUUCAUUUGACUACGAGAAAAUGAAGAUGUUUUCAAUUCUGGUGCAGGCAAAAGAUCAAGGCUCUCCAUCUCUAAGUAGUAAUGCUACUGUUCAUGUUUUUAUUCUGGAUAAGAAUGACAAUGCUCCAGUUGUCAUUUAUCCCUCUGCAGUCAUGGGCUCUGUCUCUCAUCAGAGAAUGCCCCGGUACGCAAAGGUAGCACACCUCGUUACUAAGGUAACGGCAGUGGACGCUGACUCAGGUCACAAUGCUUGGAUGUUCUAUAGGCUUUUGGAAGCUACGGACAUGUCUCUGUUCAUUGUCAAUCUACAUACAGGGGAGGUGAGGACUAAACGCUCAGUUUCCGAGCAGGAUGACACCUCUCAGAGAUUACUUAUAGAAAUAAGAGACAAUGGAGAACCAGUCCAGUCAAGCACAGUCACUGUGGACAUACUGUUAGAGGAGGGACUUCAUGAGCCCGUUUCAGACAUAGAUCAAAGAAGGACUGAUGGCACCAAAAAAAGCUCUAAAAUCACGUUUUACUUGAUCAUUUCUCUGGCUGCAGUGUCGGUGUUAUGUUGUCUAACAUUUGUCAUUUUACUCGUGAAAUGCGCUAGAAAUGGCAACGGACGGACGAGUUGUUGCAUCAGACGAUCAGAUACUGAUGGAUACAAAAAUCCCAAUAGAAACCUCCAGAUCCAACUCAACACUGAUGGGCCUAUAAAAUAUGUGGAGGUCUUAGGAGGUGACAUGUUGUCUCAGAGUCAGUCCUUCGGGUCCUGUCUCUCUCCAUUGUCAGAAUUCAGUGACUUUACUCUCGUUAAACCCAGCAGCACCAUUGAUUUUAAGGAUCUAAACGUGCUUGAUGCGUCUUUGCCAGACAGCACGUGGACGUUCGAGAGUCAACAGCAAAAGCCCCCUAACAAUGACUGGCGUUUACCCCCGAACCAGAGACCUGGACCAAGUGGCCAGCACAGGUACCACACCAUGCAGCAGAGAUGGACUCCAUACGAGAGGGCCAGAGCUGGAGCGCGUCCUGAGGAGGCAGGUGUUGUCUCAGGCACUGGACCCUGGCCCAACCCCCCUACUGAAGCUGAACAGCUCCAGGCUCUGAUGGCUGCUGCCAACGUGAGUGAAGCUACCGCAACUCUGGGUCCUCGCUAUAACGCCCAGUACGUCCCCGACUACAGACAGAACGUCUACAUCCCGGGCAGCACCGCCACACUGACGGCCAAUCCGCAGCAGCAGAUGCCCCAGCAGGCCCUGCCCCCGCCCCAGGCCAUGCCCCCAGCCGAGCCCCCAAAGGCUGCCCAGACCCCUGCCAGCAAGAAGAAGCCAACCAAGAAGGACAAGAAGUAAGGCGGGCGUAAUCAUUAAUGUCGCUAUCGGAGGCCGUGUUCCUGGAUCUGAGCUGUUCUCCUUUGAUGAUCUGUCAGAGUUUCCCUUGUUAGAUUAUUAGAUCCUUUAAGUUGUGAAUUAGUGAUGACACGCAUCAUUUUAACAGAAGAGGUUUUGUUUUAAAGUUCUAAUCUUUGUGUUUAGUAAGCAAUGUAUAAGUAGUGUAUAUUGCUACUAAUCUAACUUGUUCGCUAUGGUAGAGGUUUUUGUUUUUAUAGAGCUUUUUGUUUCCUUUGUUAAAGUAGGACUUUAAUAGGCAUAAUAGACAACUAAAAGGAGAUGUGUUCAGAUUCCAGGUGUAAUUCCAAAACGAGUUAAAAAUGGGUUUAAAGGCCUAGUGCUGUAAAAUAGUGCGACCAGAAAAAAGGAAAAGAAAAAACGUAUAAAAAAACAAACAAACAAACAAACAAACAGACAAAAAAAAAAUCUGUCCAUCUUUUUUUCAUGUUAAAGCUUUUUUGUGAUCCGUUUAAAGUAGAUGCUUCAUGUGAUUACAAGAAUGAUGCUGUUAGAUUAUUUAAGAGGAAGUGCCAUAGCUCCUAAACCAUUUUGCAUGAUCCACUUUUACCAGAAAAUUAAGAUGAAGAACUAUGCAGUCAAACAAAGGAGAAAAAGAUAUGACGGAAAAUGAUCUGGUUAAGUCUAAAGCUGAUGUCGUUUGUAGAAUAAGAGAACCACUGGUAGGAUUUACAUUGUAAAACCCCACCAUUCUUUUGAAAUGUAAUCAUUCGAAUAGUACAUAUUAGUACAGAUUGAAUUGUUAUCAGGUUCUCUCAUUACAUCAUGAUAAGCCACUAAGUGUGUAUCUACAGAGAGCAGAGUUUAAUAUUAGGUUUAUGAUUUUACAACAUUUGUCCCUGUUACAUGAACUUUACUCUGUAAUGGAUGCUUUAGACCUGUUUUAAAACAUGAAAAGCAUUUUCCAAACAUUGAAUCAGUGUUGGUUUAGUAUAAAAUGGAUGUUGUACAACAGUUUGAGUCAAUCUGACAGGGUCUGUGUAGUCUUAGUGGAUGGGACACGUGACAGAACCUUGGAAAAGUGCUUAGGGAGGCGGUUUGUGGGUUGGUGGGUGUUAAACUCCCUGCCUAGUAUUUGGGGAUGAUAAAAAAAAAAGGAUAGGAGGUGAUUGGAUAAACAGUGUAUGCUAAAUUGUGUUGAAUGAACAAUCGUAGAAUUUAAUCUAACCAAUAGCACCAACAUGAUUCUGCACAGUAGUCCAAAAAUGCCACUGAGCUCACUAAAUGAAAUGCACUGUUUUUAGUUGAUGAUUAGUCUUUUAUGUGGAAGUUCCCAAACUAACCUCUGCAAGAAGACAGAUUGGAAUGUUAUGAACACUCUCCUUGUUUCAGUAUAACCCCAAAUGCACCAACCCUCCACUCCAGUGUAUAUAAGAGAUGUAACCAGUCUGUAUAAACUUUAGAGGCACACAAAGCCAGCUACUACUGGAAUGUUUCCCUGUUUUAAUUAAAAAAGAAAAACAAA